CCCACACGCGCCCUCCUCAUUCCACUCAGAGCCAUCUCGACCGAGAGGCAUGCGACAACGUCUCCAGGUGGCCCCCCUCCAGGCUUCAAUGCGGAGCAGGCUAAGAAACCGCUUCCGCCAAGCGACAAGGCCUCCGCUGCCAGCAAGGCCUCACAAUCAUCCACCGCCACAGAAAGCGUCAAGGCAGACGGUGCAAAGGCGGCAACGUCCACCUCGUCCAUUAACGAGCCAACCGGCGAGCCCAAGACGUUGACUGAGCUAGCUGCUAAGAAAGAGGACGAUGUUGCGAAGAAGGAGGAGAAGCAGGGCAAGAAGCUGACCCUGGGCCAGAGGAUCAAGCAUGAGAUUCAGCACUACUGGGAUGGCACCAAGCUUUUGGCCGCCGAGGUCAAGAUCAGCAGCAAGCUGGCGCUCAAGAUGGCUGCCGGUUACGAGCUGACCAGACGCGAGAGCCGGCAGUUGUCCCGUACCGUUCAGGAUCUGGGCCGCCUGGUUCCAUUCUCCGUCUUCAUCAUCGUGCCUUUUGCUGAGGCACUCCUGCCUAUCGCGCUGAGGUUGUUCCCCAAUCUGCUCCCUAGCACCUACGAGGCCCAGCAGUCCAAGGACAAGAAGGCCGCCACUCUCCGAGCCACGCGCAAGGAAGUCAGCUCCUUCCUUCGCACCACGCUCAAGGAGACUGGGUUGCCGCUUACCCAAGCGACGACACACAAGGAGGAGUUUGCUACCUUCUUCCGCAAGCUGCGCGCGACUGGGGAGCAGCCUACAAACGAGGAUGUCAUCAAGGUGUGCAAGGCGUUCCGGGAUGACCUGACCCUUGACAACCUCUCACGGCCACAGCUCGUGUCCAUGUGCAAAUACAUGAACCUCAACACUUUCGGCACGGACACCAUGCUCCGAUACCAGAUCCGUCACAGAAUGCGGCAGAUCAAGCGUGAUGACAAGGUCAUCAGCUACGAAGGCGUCGACAGCCUUAGCGUAGCUGAGCUCCAGAUGGCUUGCGCCAGCCGUGGUAUCACCACUCACACCAUCUCUCCUGGUCGUCUGCGGGAGGAUCUUCAGUCCUGGCUCGACCUGCGUCUCAAGCACGGUGUCCCUUCCACACUGCUUGUGCUGAGCAAUAUCUUUUCCUACGGCCAGAAGGGGACUCAGGAGAGCGGCUUCCAGGGCCAGAUCGAGGCCCUCACGGGUGUUCUGUCCUCUAUCCCCGAGGAACUUUACCAUGAGAUCGAGCUUGAGGUUCACAACGCCGAAGGCGCUGCCACCAACAAGCAGCGCCUCGAGGUCCUCAAGGAGCAGCAGGAGCUUAUUGAGGAGGAGAACGAGCAGAACCAAGAGAACCAGGAUACAGGCCUCGCCACUCCUAAGGACGUCGAUGACAUUGACGAGAAGGAAGACCGCAUCCACGCCGCCUCUGAGCAAGGCCUUGAAGCCAAGGCUGUCGACGAGGCUCUGGCUGCCGAGAAGGAC